AUGGCUCAUUUCACGCUGUACGUCCUUAAGGGUCUCUGGGGCCCCAACCCCAUCAAGGUGGCUGCUCUCCUCGAGAGCCUGAACCUUGACUACGAUGUCAAGGCGCUGGAGUUUGGCUCUAGCGACAAGGCUACCGGUGUUAAGGGCGAGGACUACUUGGCCAUUUGUGUCAAUGGCCGUACCCCUACGCUGAUCGACCACAAGCGCAAUGACUUUACCGUGUGGGAGUCGGGUGCGAUCCUGGAGUACAUUCUUGACGUGUACGACACGGAGCACAAAUUCUCUGGUAAGACGCCCGAGGAGAAGGCCCUUAUUUCUCAGUGGCUCUUCUUCCAGGUCACUGGUCACAGUCCUGUUCAGGGCAACUUGUACUUCAGCAAUGUGUACUGGAAAAACGCCUAUCAAGAGGAAGUGCCUCCAACCGUCAUUAAGCGCUUCAGCACGGAGCUCGACCGCGUGUACAAGGUGUAUGAGAAGCAGCUGAGCGCUCAGUUUGCUAAGUAUGGUGAAGACAAGGCCUGGCUCGUGCUAGACCGUCCUACAGCCGCAGACUUUAGCGCCAUGGGCUGGCUCGGUCUUUUGCCGGAUAUUAAGGACAAGCUGGGCGUCAACACGGAGCAAUACCCCGUGCUGAUGAAGUAUGUGGAGAAGCUCCGUGCGCAGGAAGGUCUGGCGAAGGUGUUUGCCAAGCUUCAGCAUUAG